AUGCUCUACUUCUCCCACCCUCCGAUAUUCACCAGCCAUGGUUAUCAGCCCACAAUCCUCAUGGACACCUCACCUAAGCACUCUUGCCACCAGGAUCAUGUCAGCGUUUUCCACGAAAGAGGAGCCAUGGAUCCACACGUCGAUUAUAUCCAGAUCUGGCUGAAUGCUCAUCCAUCCGUCGAGCCAGCUCAAGGCACUGUACCCACGUCGGUGCCCGAUACUACAUCUGUCAUUGCCUCAGAGUCGAUGCCUCAACUGCCAUUUACACCCCAAGAACAACCCGCCCCACAGAGUACUAGUGAUUUGGAGGCCGAUGAUUCGAUGGAAUGGGUGAGCUGCCAAUCCUCGCCCAUGUCGCAUUCAGUCCCGCAAUUGGAUGAGCAAUACCGUUCGCCAUCCCCAGACCUGUUCGAAGAAUAUCGCCCGCUUCAGCACGCGUCCGUGUCCCCAUCAACUCCAAUUGCCCUGGCAUUCCAGCAAUAUGUCAUGCUUCCGCAUUUGCCAUAUCGAAAUCGUGCCCGAUGCAUCUUUCUGGCACCAAGGUCAUCUGCAAACAAUCGAAUGCAUCGUCGCGUGAGGGAUCUGCUUCACAACACAUCGGUCCAACGAAUCCGUAAUUGGUUCAAGACAACAGUCGAGCCCUGCGCACUUGAGCAACAGCGGAACCUCUCUCUGCUGAACUUCAUGUCAAAGCAGGCCGCGGCUGCUGAGGAAGGCUCUAUCUCGUGUGCGGGUGAGGAUAGCUCGAUAAUCCCCGACCAGGACGCAUGCCCGAUUUGUUUGAAGGCUAGUACGGCUAUGAAGGUCAUCACGACUUGUGGACAUUCAAUCUGUUGGAAGUGCGAGCAGGACCUCGAUCGAGCAGGCAACAUCUCAUGUCCCAUGUGUAGGCGUAUGCGACUGGUCACCACCUACAGAAACGUGCUCGAUUUGUUCAAGACUACGAUCGGGCUACACCAGAGUGACUAUACACACCCGUAUUGUUUGUCUCCCGACAGUCAGCCUAGAUUUCUCGGUCAAGCAGUUCUAGCUGCUCAAACCAAGGUCGAGGAUGAGGAGGGGGAGGAGGAGGAGGAGGAGGAGGAAUACGAUGCAGAAAUUGAGCAUGAGCUCGCUGAGAGGUAUUUGUGGGAACAGAGCGCUUCCUUUCUCGAAUACCUCCAGUCCGCCGCCAAGCACCAUCCAGCAAACCAGUACUUCCAAUUGAACGCAGCCCGGGACCUAUGCUUCAAACCAUCAACAGAGCACCAUCUACCCGAAUACUUUGAUCAAGCUCCCCUCGAACCUCCAACCUCAGGGCUGAUCCUUCCUCCGCACCGACUCUACGUUACAGUGAUCCACGUCUGUUUAGACAUGCUGACGCUGCCUAACCCGACAGAGUUCCAACAACGGGCGCAGUUCAAGCGCGAGGCGAUGUUGAUCGAGCUGGUGGCCUUGUUCCUUGUCCCGACAGAUGAGUUCUCACCGCGAGAGCUUGAACGCAUCUACAAUGCACCCGCAUGGAUCGAACACGGACAGUAUGUCCUAGCGAGAAUCCAUCGCUUCCUACAGGCCAAGGUUCGUCAGAACAUCAUGAAGGAGCUUGAUGGGGACGAGCCGCUGCAGGCAGGACAGAGAGGAGCUCGACUUGUGAAUACAGCCGUGCCUUCGACGCCGAUCUCGCGUGGGAUCUUGUAUAUGGGAACGGCUCGGUGGACCUGGGUUGCCCAGUCUUUGCUGGUGCUCAUUACGUGGAUCCAAGUCGCUAACGGCAACCCAUCGAUGGUUGCGCCUAUUACGAUAAGAUCGGGACGCUCUUUGUUGGGCAAGCAUAUGCUGCAGGAGGAAACCUUCCGUCCUUCAAAGAGGCGGCUAAUUGAAUAG